AUGCUACCCGGAUGCUCAGCAGAUGAAGCUGAAAGUGUAGCUGAUAAAUUUGAGGAAUCUAAAACAGUGGUGGAUGAGUUAGGCUUGUACAAGGGAAAGGUUAAAAUUGUAAGCAACGAUGACCCUGCAGAAGAAAUCAUGCUUUUGUGGGGAAUUCAACAGCCCAUUUACUCUAAGCCCAAUGCUUUUGUUCGUCAAUCCUCUCUCCAACUUCACUUGGAUGCCUGUGGACGCUCUCUCUCCAUUCUCCAGUCCCCUUCUUCUUUGGGUGUACCUGGGGUAACUGGGUCAGUGAUGUGGGACAGUGGCGUUGUUCUUGGGAAGUUCAUAGAGCAUGCUACUGAGACUGGAACUCUUCAUUUUCAGGGCAAGAAAGUGGUUGAAUUGGGUGCUGGCUGUGGACUCGUGGGCUGUAUUGCAGCUCUUUUGGGUGCACAUGUUGUUCUUACUGACUUGCCGGAUAGACUCAGGCUAUUAAAGAAAAAUGUUGAAGACAAUCUAUACGGAAAUGUGCGUGGGUCUGCAGUAGUAACCGAGCUCACGUGGGGCAAUAAUCUGGACCCAGAUUUGUGCUGUCCUUCACCUGAUUAUGUGCUUGGCUCCGACGUGAUCUAUGGUGAGGACGCCGUAGUUGAUUUGUUGGAGACACUUUCUGACCUUUGUGGAGCACAGACGACUGUCAUCCUGGCUGGGGAACUCCGGAAUGAUGCUAUCCUUGAAUACUUCUUGGAGGCAGCUAUAAAGGAUUUUGUUGUUGGUAGUAUAGAUCAACAGCAAUGGCAUCCAGAUUAUCGCAGCCAGCGAGUUGUGAUUUACAUUCUGGUGAAGAAAUAG